UCUCUCUGUCUCUAUCUGUCUGUCUCUGUCUGUCUGUCUCUGUCUGUCUCUGUCUGUCUCUAUCCGUCUCUGUCAGUCCCUUGAGCAUUCUUCAGGGCAGGCCUUCUCCAGCGCGCUCCCCCAGCAUCCGGCUGGGGUCGGCGGAUUCCAUGGACUUCUCCCUGAAAUCCACGGUUUUCAACGAAGGUCACUCGAUGUCUUUCACGCCCCGAACGCUUCAGGCACAGCGGUCAGCAGCGAGACUCCGGACAAGGUGGCCAAGGCGAAGGUGGUCAAGCGCCGCGGCCCGAAACGACGGCCAGCAGCUCCGGUGACACCGGCACCCUCUGAGGCACCUGCCGUUCCGUCGCCGGCCGCUGUUCCUUCAGCGACGACAGCGGUGGCGCUGCGGAAGAAACGCAAAGGCCGAGGCAGUCCUCCAUCCCAAUCCUCCGUGCCAACUGGCGCACCGGCCCCAGUGCCGCCGGCAACUGCAGCUGCACCAGCGGCUGCACUGGCUGCGGAGGAGUUGGCCGCAGCCCGAGCGUUGGUGGCGGAAUUGACGAUUCGAGGGCGAGAAGCCUGUGAGGCGAAGCUUCGCUCCCUUGCGGAUGCCGACACCGACGCCACAGCGCAGGGUCCGGCGCUGGCGCAUUGCGCCGAGCGUGGCCUGGAGGUCUGUGUUCAGCUCCUGUUGCAAAUGCGGGCGGCCCCCGACUCCUGCGGCCUGCGGAAAGUGGCCAGCAGCCAGGUGG